CGCUCAUAUCCAUACACACACGCUCACUUAAGAAUGUUACAGUAAAGACACCGACUCAUAAACAAUGCCUGGAAAGCAUGCUUCCGAAUUCCUUGUCUACAUAUCAUCGACGUUCUAAUUCAUGAUUUGGAUAUCAUAAAUCUAGCUGCAACCAGGGAAAACGUUUUUAAUUUUUCAUGAUGGUUCUAAAGGGAGAUAACGAGAUUGGACUCAUCUGACCAGCGUGCCACAUUUAUUUUUAAUAACGUUAGACACUGUCAUCAUAGGCGGGUCGCUAUGGCGUUACUCCGUUAGAACGUGAUCGUAGCUAUUAUUGUUUCAAGCUAAACAAAUCUUUGGGUCGCGGGCUAACCAAGAAGAGGACGUUUCGUAAUGAUAUGAAACAGAGAGGAAGGAAGGAUGUUUUUUUUAAAACCUCUGUCUACUGGAUCACGCUGCCGUUUUCCUGGUGGUGGACCGAGAAUACUUUUUUCGUUUGAAGAACAUAAACCGUUUAUUGGCACAUUUAAUUAGCUCAUCGGUUGAAGACCGUGGACACUGUUUUGUCAGGGGAAUGAACCAAAGAGCAGGGUUUUAUUGAUAGCGUGGCUGGUUAACCGUCUGAUGUUAUAAAGCAACAAGGAUUACACGUUCCCGUCCGCGGUUGCCUGUUGUGUGGGGCAGACUACGUUGUGAGGGAACCGCUGCUGGUAAGACAGAAAGCUAUUAAUAGCUCGUGCAAUUCGCGAAAACUAUCACAACUGGUGCAUGGGCUCGUGGAGCUGACGGAAUCCAAGCGGAUAUUUUUUUCAUGCAAUGUGUCUACCAUUACCUUCUCGAUCGCAUUGUUCGAUUUUACAUGCAAGAACGGCGUAAUACGCAAACUACCAUGUUCUCCAGAAGUUGUUGGACUACACAAAGAUUUUGAUGGAUUUUUGCUGUUUUAGAGGAGAUAAUAUCUCUACUUCACAUGGAGACAAACUGUAGAGUUGUUUAAACGUUGAAAUAGUGGGAAGACUGGCUUGGACACGAAUCGACGUUUCUCCCUGCAUGGAUGAAAUAAAGGAUACGUUUUUACAUGCCCUCCGCGUUUGACAAUGAUCAGGUUCGGAUCCCCUGACCUGGAUAGAAACGAUAUUAUCAUUCGCGAAUCCUCCUGGAUGUACAAAAACAAACCGUCAGUUGGACUACCAGUCAGAUGUCUUAUUAAUAUGUUUUGCAACGCUCUUUGAAUACGCCCUUUCGCCACUCUGGAUAUUUAGACCGUUUGUGAUCAUUUUGGACCACUUGUGCGGUUAGCUGUUGAUAGCGAGACUAUCCCCUCCCGUUCCUCCAGCGGCUUGGCAUACUUGUAAAGGAACCGAUUUGCCGCCCCUGCUCGGUUUUGAUACCGAUCUCGGAUUUCGACAUGCCCUGCACUGACGACCCCAUUGGCGGACGAUUAUGACUACAGCAACGAAUUGGGUGGCAAACGGGGCAAGCCUUGAAGACUGCCACUCCAACAUCUUCUCUCUGGCUGAGUUGACCGGGAUCAAAUGGCGGUGCUACAGUUUCCAUGGCGGCGGUGAGCACGGCCCCGUGAUCUCGGCGCCGGCGCAGGACGAGCCGGUCCUGCACAGCUUCAUGCGCUGCGUCCAGAAGCACCUGCUGUGUGUGUGGCGACGCAGGAUCAAGCCCGACCGCAAGGAACUCUGGAUCUUCUGGUGGGGGGAGGAGCCUAACCUGGCCGACAUCAUCCACCACGAGCUGGAGGUGUCGGAGGAGGGUCUGUGGGAGUGUGGGCUGUCCUACGAGUGCCGGACCCUGCUGUUCAAGGCUAUACACAACCUGCUGGAGAGGUGUCUGAUGGAUAAAGACUUUGUGCGCAUCGGGAAGUGGUUUGUGAAGCCGUACGAGCUGGAGGAGAAGCAUGGUAGCUCCAGUGAGCACCUGUCCUGCUCCUUCUCCUUCUUCCUGCACGGUGAGAGUAACGUGUGCACCAGCGUGGAGAUCUCCCAGCACCAGCCCGUCUACCGUAUCACCGGCACUCACAUCCGCCUGGCACAGACCGCCUCCUCCCCCGUACAAGUGGUCCUGAGCCCAUACGGUCUGGGGGGGGCUCUGACAGGCCAGGCCCACAAGAUGAGCGAACCGGCCGUUCGCAAGCUGAUGGAGGAGUGGAGCUGUUUCUACCCCACGGUGCUCCGCCCUGCGCCCCCCCCGCCGCCCCCCCAGGAGGCCCCCGGGGAACAUGCCUACGACCCUCAGACUCACGUGGCCGUGGAGGUCAUCGUAGGCGGCGUGAGGAUGGUCUACCCAGCAGCCUUUGUGCUGGUUGCCCAGGGCGACCUUCCCAUGGAGCCCCCUCCCCCGCCCCCAGGGGUCCCGGGGGCCCUCAGAGACCCCUCCCACUGUGGCGGGCCCCUCACCCCCCCCACCUCCCCAGAGCAGCCCUGCUCAGCGGACAGUGGCUUCGUCACGUCUGCGUCCAGCGCCGCCCCCACGGAGGCAGUUGUGGGCGUGUCUCUCCCCGCCCCGCUGCAUUGUGGCAAGCAGCUGAGCAGUCAGGUGGUGCAGCAGGCGUGGAGGGAGUGUUACCUGACCCCCAGUUGCAGUGCGGCGGCCAAACAGGAAGUGUCUGAGGUCAGCUGGGAGUUCAGCGCCCCGGGGGAGAGGACUUCCUGCAGCUGCUCCAGGCUGAAGCAGCAGAAGCCUCCGUCCUCAGCGACCCCCCAGCCUGGUGCCCCCCCGGCCCCCGCCUCCGGCCCCCCCGCGCCCCCUCCCUCUUUGCCCAAGCACAAGACCUCCGACAAGCCAGACAAGGCAGACAAGCAGGCCAAGAGAGCCUUCUCCACCCCCUUCCACCAUCGCCUCCCUGCCUGUCUGGACCCAGACUCCUGCAGGGGCCCCCCUCUGGGGACCCUGGUGCCCCUGGAGCCCCCACUGGACCCAUCCACGCCUGGCUGCAAGUACCCCAAGCCCCCCUCGGCUGGCCACAAGGUCCCUGCCUCCCUCCUCCACUCCCCCGUCUCCCCCCUGCCCCCCACCCUCAGCCCCCACCCCCGGGGCCAGGACUCGGAGGGGCUGGACCCCCCUCUGGCCCUGCCACCCUGCCCGGACGUCGGGGGCCUGGGGGGAUCGGAAGCCAGCGAGACGGCGCUGUACGCGGCCCCCCUGGGCCCCCGCGAGGCUGGGGGGGGCUGGUGGAGGGGGUUUAGGACCCCCCGGACAGACCAGGCGGGGUUCAGUCCUCCAGACCUCCCCUCAGACAGACUGGGGGAGUACAGGACUGACGCAGCCUCAGAGGGGCUGGCGCUAAAGAGACUCUUUGCCCAGAGUCAGAGACGGUUCAAGGUGUCGGAGGAGUGUGUGAGGGAGCACAUCCAGACUCUGGGCCUGCUGCCCCCGGGGGCUGAGGGGCUGGGGGGCCCGGGGGCUGAGGGGCUGGGGGGCCUGGGGGACGACCCAUACGACUUCAAGGAGGGCGACAUCGAGUACAGCUUCCCUUCGUCCAAGAGGUUGAAGGGGCAGGGCCGAGACCCUGGCCGGAGGGCAAAGGGAGAAGAUAUAAAUGGCAGCGCCGCACUGCCUGAUGGGAAAGAUGCCAUGUCUAUCUUCAGCUCCGCCCCCAAAUCAAACGAGUCGUCACCAGACGAGGCUGCAUCGAAGGCCAACCCCCCGCUGACCAGGGAGAUGGAUCUGGUGGUCAACAUCUCAGACCUGGACAACAUCUUCGACGAGGACGAGGAUGAGCUGGGGCACUCCACCAGAGUCCUGGCGUCUGGAGCAGAGGACCGACCCCCAGGGAAGGAGGGCAGGGCGGCUGUGCCGUACCCCUCAACAGUAGCAGACCUCCAGCGGAUGUUUCCCACCCCCCCAUCCCUAGAGCAGCACCCCGCCUUCUCCCCCAUCAUGACGUACCGGGACACCCCCAGCCAGGAGCCCCCGGCCCCCCCGGGGGGCCCCGAUCACCCCCUGGUCUCCCUGGCCUCUUCCCAGCUGGCGGACUACAGGAUGGAGGUCGAGGAGGGCAUGGCCAGCCCCAAACCUGAAGACAUCAAGGACUUCUCCUUUGUGUACCGUGUCCCCGGGGUCCAGCCUCAGACGGGCUGCUCCAUGUUCGCCCCCCUGCGGAGCCUCCCCAGCCAGCGCCUGCCCCCUGUCAGGCUGCCCGAGCAGUGCUGCUACCGACCCUCCUGGGCCCUCCUGCCCAAGAUGGAGCACUACUCCUCCCUCAGCACCCAGCCCCCCUUCAUCAGGGACGGUUACAUCAACGCCCCCAGCGCCCUGCUGGACCAGGACUACGCCCAUCUGAGCACCGUGGGCGGAGCCAGCGUCGUCCUGCCCUCCCCCGCCACGCCCCGCUUCUCCGUGCCCACCCCCCGCACCCCACGAACCCCCCGGGGGGCGGGCCCCCCCAGCGGCCAGGGCUCAGUGAGGCAAGACGAGCUGAGCUCCCCGGCCUCCACCGCCUCAACCAGCGCCCCCCUCAGCUUCCUGGAGCAGCCUGCCGGCGCCCCCUGGCUGCCUGAGGCCCACAGUCUGUACGCGGCGCUGCUGCUGUCCGACUCCGUCCUCAACAUGUUCAAGGACCGCAACUUCGACAGCUGCUGCAUCUGCGCCUGCAACAUGAACGUGAAGGGCGCCGACGUGGACGUGUACAUCCCGGACUCGACGCGCGAGGACCAGUACCGUUGCAUGUGCGGCUUCAGCGCCAUCGUCAACCGCCGCCUGGCACACGGCACCGGCCUGUUCCUGGAAGACGAGCUGGACAUCUUCGGGAGGGGGUCGGAGGUCGGGAGGGCGGCGGAGAGGAGGUUGGCGCUGAGCCGCAGGGACCCCCCCAUGGGGGGCCCCCGGGCCUCCCCCCCUGUCCCCCCCGAAGUGAUGGUGCUCCUGCAGGAGCAGAGCUCCCAGCCCUUCUCCUCCCUCUCUGCCCUCCUCCUGCCCCCCUGCUGUGCCAGGCGCGAAGCCCUGCUCCAGAGCUGGACGGCGGAUAAGCAGUGGGUGGACGGCAGCGACGCGUGCGCGGAGUGUUACGCAGCGCUGGUGCAGGGGCUGCAGUACGUGGACAACCCUGCAGGGGGGAAAGUAGAUCCGGCGGCGGUGAGGAGCAGCGCGCUACAUCCCUGGCCUCAUCACAACGUGCUGGACGUCAGCGGGCUGUCCUCGCAGGAUGUGCUGCGCAUGCUGCUGUCGCUGCAGCCCUUCCUGCAGGACGCCAUCCAGAAGAAGAGGAGUGGACGCACCUGGGACAACAUCCAACACGUCCAGGGCCCCCUCACCUGGCAGCAGUUCCAUAAGAUGGCCGGCCGAGGCUCCUACGGCUCAGAGGAGUCCCCGGAGCCCCUCCCCAUCCCCACGGUCCUGCUGGGCUACGAGCGGGACCUCCUGGCCCUGUCUCCGCUGGCGCUGCCCUUCUGGGAGAAGCUGCAGCUGGAGCCGUACGGGGGCCAGAGGGACGUGGCUUACCUGGUGCUCUGUCCUGACAGCGCCGCCCUGCUGGCAGGCGCCAGGGCCUUCCUCCAGGAUCUCAGCACCGUCUACGAGCUCUAA